AUGUUUAGGACAAGAGUCAUCACAGCGUCAACGUUGGGCAUCAUUACGCGCACAAACGAGGAACUGACCAGUAUUCUGAAAAGCCCUGCUGUCAUAGAAGAAUCUGCCCAACGAAAGCGCGGAGCACUUGCACCGUCCUUCAAAAGCAUACGCCUUAUACUUGGUGUGAUUCUGUCCGCGUCAUGUUUACCUCGUCGAUGCAACCAUGCACCAGAAAGAUGUGGCGAGUGUUUGUUUAUAACCAUUUGCCGCACGCUGUGA